GGUAACCUACCAAAGUACUCCCACAAUGCCCUGGUGGUGCAGGCGAUGAAGACCAACCUGACGGACCCCGACAUGCACGUGCUGUUCUUCGACGUGGAGGCGCUGAUCAUCCAGCUUCUGACGGAGGAGGCACAAAGACCUAACCCCAUGCUGGUGUCCCCCGAGACCCUGCAGAAGAGCCAGGCAGGGGCCGACAAGGGGGGCUCCUUCCUGGCCAACAAAAUCUUCAAACAGGUGAAGGAGACCAUGAAGGAGACCAUCAAGGAGCACCUGCUGGACGAAGACGAGGAGGAAGAGGAGGAGAUGAGGAGGCGCGAGGAGAAGUCCAAGUCUCUGAGUCUGCUGGAGUACAACCUGACGAUGGACACGGCCAAGCUCUUCAUGUCCUGUCUGCACGCCUGGGGCCUGAACGAACAUCUGGACGGCAUCUGCCUGGAGCGACUGGGCAUGCUCAGACCUCACUGUCCCAUCUCCUUCGGCCUGAUCUCCAGAGGAGGACACAUGUCCCUCAUGCUGCCUACAUUCAAGGAGUCUCUGCUGCACCAGCUGUCCCUGGCCACGGGCCUGAAGCUCACGCUGUCGGACAUCGUGGGGAAGGGGACGUACGGCGUGUCCAGGGCCGUCACCACGCAGCACCUGCUGUCCGCCAUCUCCCUGGCCAACACUCUGAUGGGCAUGACCAACGCCACCUUCGUCGGGGAACACAUGAAGAAAGCUCCGGCCAGCUGCUGUAGCUGCCAACACCGGCACUGCUGCCACUGCCGGGGCUCUGGGGGCUCCUGGGGGUCUUCCUCAGGGGGCCCCUGGCUCCUGCAGCCCCGGCCCUGCUUCUCAUAACAUCCCCUCAGUGAACGAAGGGUGGAGCCAGCUGGCCGCCAUGCACUGCGUGAUGCUGCCCGAUCUCCUGGGCCUGGACAAGUACAGACCCCCGCUGCUGGAGAUGUUGGCCAGGAGGUGGCAGGACCGAUGUCUGGAGGUACGCGAAGCAGCCCAGGCUCUUCUUCUGGCCGAGCUACGAAGGAUCGGCCAAUCAGGACGCAAAGACACCAUCGAUGCGUGGGCUCCCUACCUGCCUCAGUACGUGGACACGGUCAGCUCCCGCUGUCUGUCCAACCUUCCACCAAACGCCAAGAAGAUCUCCAACUCAUACGAGGAGCGWCGCAAACAGGCCACCGCCAUCGUGCUGCUUGGAGUCAUCGGGGCUGAAUUUGGCGCCGAGAUCGAACCCCCAAAAGGCUCAGGGCGAGCUCGAGCGGGCGGACAGGCGCCYGAAGGUUUCGGGCUAACAAGUGGAGCGUCAUCCAACUACUCGUUGGCAAGGCACACCUGUAAGGCCCUGACCUUCCUGCUGCUGCAGCCCCCCAGCCCCAAGCUGCCCGCCCACAGCACCAUCCGCCGCACCGCCAUCGAUCUGAUUGGUCGAGGCUUCACCGUCUGGGAGCCGUACAUGGACGUGUCGGCGGUGCUCAUGGGUCUGCUGGAGCUGUGYGCCGACGCAGAGAAGCAGCUGGCCAACAUCACCAUGGGUCUGCCCCUCAACCCGCCAGCAGAUGCAGCGCGUUCCGCUCGCCACGCCCUCUCUCUGAUCGCCACCGCCCGACCGCCAGCCUUCAUCACCACCAUCGCCAAGGAGGUUCAUCGUUACAACGCGGCUCAGGCGAACUCGCAGUCGCAGCAGAACGUUCACACCACCACUCUCUCUCGGGCSAAGACUGAGAUCCUGCGAGUGAUCGACAUCCUGAUCGAGAAGAUGCCUGGAGACGUUGUUGAUCUGCUGGUGGAAGUGAUGGACAUCAUCAUGUACUGCAUCGAAGGCUCUCUAGUGAAGAAGAAAGGACUCCAGGAGUGUUUCCCCAACAUCUGCAAAACAUCCACGGUCACAAAGGUCCGAUUACAGCCGUCUCCUUCGCUCCUGACGGGCGCUACUUGGCCACGUACUCCAACGCUGACAGUCACAUCUGCUUCUGGCAGAUGAACACCAGUCUCCUCGGCAGCAUCGGGAUGCUGAACUCGGCCCCCCAGCUCCGCUGCAUUAAAACCUACCAGGUCCCUCCGGUCCAGCCCGCCUCCCCGGGAUCCCAGAACCACCUGAAGCUGGCUCGCCUCAUCUGGACCUCCAACCGUAACGUGAUCCUGAUGGCCCACGACGGCAAGGAGCACCGCUUCAUGGUCUAAAGCCGACCCACCUGCCCCCCCACCAGUCUUUAAACCUGGGAAACCAGGGCCUGCUGGAGGGUUUCUGUUCAAAGUUUCAUCAACUCAUCUGGAAAAGAGUCCGGUCCAGGUUUGGUUCAGACCAGUUUUACCUGCUCUUGUAGAUAUUUAGCUAAACGUGUUCACUUCCUGAUUUAUUGUUUUAAAUCUGCUUCAUCUUUAUUUAUGGGAGUUUUUUUUUAUUUAACUUGUUUUUCUUCUGAUCAUCCAUUAAACAAACAUAUCACAGGAAUCUGAUUAAAACUGAAUUUCUUUAGAAGAAGAGUAAAAAAUACAUCUUUAAACAAGUUUAUUCUUCAUUCAAAAGCUAAAAAAAACUUCAUUAAAGCAGCAAAACAAACAAAAAUCUUCCAUUAAAUGAAAGUAAACUCUUAAAUUAGACGGAUUAGAAUCAGAUGUAACCAGAAACCUUUAAACCAGUUUGUUUUUAUUGCAGUAAAUAUUUGAAUGUUUCUCGUUUUUUCAUCUUUUUUCUGUAUUUAUUUGAUUUGCUAACUCAGUGGUUCAUCACAAAACACAUUAUUUCUGUUUUCUUAGAGAGUAAACAAGCGUGUGCAUAUUUAGUGUUUGAUUCAUCAGAGCUGCUGGUUGUCGUCUCGUGUUUUGUGUAUUUGUUGUGACAAACCGCCGGCCUGCUGGUGAACACAGCUGCACCACUUUUCAUCAAAAUUCUUCUUCUUUAAUAAAAGUAACUUCCUGUGGUUCAGAGUUUUUACCACAUUUAUUCAUCUGUUCAGUCACGAGUACAUAUAUAUAAAUAAAUAUAUAAUAAACAUUCCAUAAAACCCACACAGCCCAGCUGACCUGGAACAAAACGUUCUGGUUUUGUUCCUGAAGACAAAACCUUUUCUUCUUCUGCCUCCUGGAUCUUCUUCCAUCGUUAGACUUUAAAUACUGGACCUUGGAGUUCAGCUUGAACAGCUUUAGAUGGUUUCUUUUGUAUCCAACCAACUUGGGGUCGCAUUACCUCUUGCGGCCAUACCCCGGGAGGUUGUCUACAGUCCUGUGAGUCUUGAAUAAUCUUGUCAGCUGCAGUUAGAGGGACGUGGAGCUGCUUGGAGACGGUCCUGUAGCUUUUAGUUUUAACGUGGAGAUUUAAAAUCUUCCUGAGCUCCGUGUUCGAUGUGGUCACACACGUUAACGAGCUAACAACGAUCUUAAAACAUCUCCAGUCUUUUAGAUUUUAAAACCGUUCAUUAAAAUGUUAUUUUAUAAAACCUUCCACUGCGGUCAGUUUUCAUUACAUAAUGAUUGUG